ACGAAGAUGCAAUGAAAGAAGGUUAUAAUUCAGAAGAAAAUAAUAAUGAUGAUGAUGUCAAUAAUCAUGAAAAAGAUCAAAUAGUUGAUGUGUCACUGGAUAGUGAUCAUAUGUUUGAAAAGUACUUUGAAAAUUUGACAUCUGCAUUAUUGUUUUAUUGGAUACAAAAUAUAAUAUAU